AUGCUUUUAAAUAAACAAGGCAGACAGCCAUUUGCGGAAGAAUCGUUUGCCGUUUCAAUGUCCGUAAUCAAAGAAAAUUCGCCAGAGCCACCGCCUACAUCUCGCCUUCCGAUUGGGACCAUUCUCAAGGGAUCCCCAAAUUUCUCCCAAACCUCAGAAGGGCCUUUGGUUUCCAAAACCUCGGCCCCCAAGGCAAACUCAAUUACACCUCAAAUGGUCGCGUCGGAGGCUGACCAAGUUGCUGCCUUGAUGCGGGCUAACAUUACCACGAUGCUUGAACGUGGUGACUCUGUUACCAGGCUAUCCGAGAAAAUGGAGCAACUUCAAGCACAGGCAUACCGAUUUCGUGUGCAUACUCAAAGGACAGAAAGACGCCUGUGGUGGCGAAACAUUAGAAUGAACAUUGCAAUUGCCCUGUUGUCAAUGAUUGCGAUUGGGAUAGUCAUUUCUGUCUUGGUUAGGGGAACCACAUCCACCUCGUCGCACUCACCGAAUAAUGUGCAAAAAUCUCUAUCUCAAGAGCCAUUUCCCGUUGCAACCAAUUCACACACAAGCACAAAAAUUGCCCCCACUUUAAAUGUACCUGCACUUGCACCUGAUGCCGGACUCGGCUCUUCACCUCAGAUGCAGCCAAACCCCAAUCCCGACGGCAGUUAG